AUGUUUGCCCUCGAGCGCGACGAGCGCGAGGCGCGGGCAAUUGAGCGGCGGCGUAUGCUUGAGGAAGAGCGGCGGCAGCGGAUCUUCAACCCAAAGGCUCGGACCAUCGGCGUUGACGUUGCUGCGCUUGAUGAGCAAGUGCGGAUUAAGGAGGAGGCUGAGCGUGCUGCUGCUGAGCGCGAGGCGGCGUAUGCUGCCGAGCAGGAACGGGUCCGCCGCCAGCUGCUCCAGCUCGAGGCUCAGGCGGCCGAGCAGCGGCGGGACGUUCUCCGCGAGCAAGAGGCCUACCGCCAGCGGUACCAGACCUAUGACUCGCGCAAGGAAUUUGACCUCAAUGACCCAGACUACCUCCGCAAAGACCUUCCAGCUCGUGUGGCUGAUGAUGACGAGCGACUCGGACCGGCGUCGCUGCAGAAGUUCGAGGGCGAGGACUUGACGGGCGAGGAGCGGCGGAAGGCGCAGCAGGAGCAGAUGCGACGGUGGGUGGCGCUGCAACUGGCGCAAAAGAAGCAGAAGCAGCGCGAGGAGGAGGAAGCACAGCGGCUGUACGAGCUCCGGCAGCAAGAGAUGACGCUGCGCGGGCUGGAGAUGGAGGAGGCGCAGAACCGGACGCGGCGGGCGGUGCAGACGGCGGUGAAGGACUACAAUGCGGCGCUGGCGGCCGAGUGGGCCGAGCGCGAGCGGGCGCGCAAGCUAGCCGAGACCCGCGAGGGCCUGGAGGAGAUCCACAACAACCUCAACUCGGAUCUGCUGUGCGAGAACCCGUACAAGGCUGCGGCAGCGUCGCAGCUGCCCGGGCGUGUGGUGGUCACCGAAUUCAAGGGCCUCCUGCCGGAGGAGCGCGAGCGGAUCCGGGCCAUUCAGGCCGAGCAGGCUGAAGAGCGGGCACGGAUCGAGGCAGCGCGCGCCGAGGAGGAGCGCCGUUGGGAGCUGCAGGCCGAGGCCAACCGGCGCGCGGCGCUGCGGCUCGAGGCCCAGAACCAGCGCGAGCGCCGCGCUGUCAACGAGCGGGUCUCGGGCGAGAACGCCCAGCUUGCCGCCGAGGCAAGGCAGCGCCAGGAGUUUAUCAACAACAAGCUGUACACUAACCAGCCGACCCAAGCGUACUGGGACCAGUGGAACACGUCCACGCGGUAGUAGGUGCAGAGCCCACACAUGUCAAAUCAACAGCAGUUGUAGCAGC